AUGCCACACAAGACUAAGACCCGACACCAUUGCCCGGGCCAGAACGGAUGGGUUGGCGAUAUAAGCCCCGGAAAUUGCAACAAAUCCGGUAAUGGCUCUCACUGCACGAAGCAUCAAAUGCUUUACACCCAAGGUUGUGGAAGGUACCACUCGGCAAGCCUCCUAGCUUACAGGAAAUGUAUCGGAAAAAUGCGGGCAAAUGAGCGUCAGGAGCGGGCUGAACGCCAGAAGGCAAAGGAUCAGGAGGCUAAGAGCAAAGACGACGACUUCUUCAACCCGGGCAAGAAGCGUACGAAGCCCAAAGAGAAGGAUUCGGAUGCUGAACCUGAUGCUGGCGCGGCUUAA